UCAUUGAUUCUCUAAUUUAUCAACAGCAUCGCUUUUCCACCUAAAACAAAGUACCAACAAACUUGUAUAUAAACCGUAAUUCGACCAGGCCAGUUCCACUUGAACCUCUAAAGCAACAUUCCCUUCUGCUACACUAGCUCUCAUUCUUAUUCAUUCUUAGAUAUGUCAAAGUUUCAACCUUUUUUUUACAUUACCAUUCUUCUUCUUCUCUUGAAUGCAGGCCAGACAUUAUGCCAUACCAAAGGAAUCAGACUCAGAAGCUCUACAGGAAAGCAAACAAAAAUAAAUAUGACAAGAACCCAGGUCUCAGAGCAGCAGUUUAUGCAGUGGGUCAAAUUUGUUGGUAGCCUCAAACACUCCGUUUUCAGGACAGCAAAGAACAAGCUUUUCCCUUCUUACACUCUCACUGUGAACAAGAAUCCAGCGGCUGGAGACUUCACCAAAAUUCAGGAUGCCAUUGAUUCUCUUCCUUUUAUAAAUCUUGUGAGAGUGGUCAUCAAGGUCCAUGCAGGGGUUUACACGGAGAAGGUUAACAUACCGCCAUUGAAAUCCUUUAUAACCAUUGAAGGAGCAGGGGCAGAUAAAACAAUUGUUCAAUGGGGAGACACUGCUCAAACACCUGGGCCAAGAGGACAACCUUUGGGAACCUUCGGUUCUGCAACUUUUGCUGUGAAUUCCCCUUAUUUUAUUGCCAAAAACAUUACAUUCAAGAACACUACUCCAGUUCCACCACCAGGAGCAGUUGGAAAGCAAGCUGUAGCAUUUAGAAUAUCAGCAGAUACAGCCACUUUUUUGGGCUGUAGAUUCUUGGGAGCUCAGGAUACUCUCUAUGAUCACUUGGGUAGGCAUUAUUAUAAGGAUUGUUAUAUUGAAGGUUCUGUGGAUUUUAUCUUUGGCAAUGCCCUCUCCCUUUUUGAGGGAUGUCACGUUCAUGCAAUAGCAAGGCUAACGGGGGCCCUAACAGCACAAGGCAGAGGGAGUAUCCUGGAAGACACGGGGUUCUCUUUUGUCAACUGCAAGGUCACGGGCUCAGGGGCUCUCUACCUAGGCAGGGCAUGGGGUCCUUUCUCCAGGGUGGUCUUUGCUUAUACUUAUAUGGACAACAUUAUUAUUCCUAAGGGCUGGUAUAACUGGGGCGACCCUAACCGUGAAAUGACGGUGUUCUAUGGGCAGUACAAAUGCGCGGGGCCAGGAUCAAACUUUGCAGGGAGGGUUUCAUGGUCAAGAGAACUUACUGAUGAGGAGGCCAAACCUUUUAUCUCUCUUGGUUUCAUUGAUGGGUCUGAAUGGAUCAAAUUAUGAUCAUCAAAUUUAUUUUAUAUAUGCAUAAAUUCUAAAAUUCAUAAUGAAUGAUAUACAGUUUUGAUCUGUUGUAGGGAUGAUAGUCAUUAUAAUUCGAUAAUUAGAAGCCAUAACUAAAUCUUCAUUUA